GAACCUGCAGCUCACCGUGGAGAGGAAGAUAUGCUGCUGGUCAGUGGAGCUUGAUGACACUUCAAAUUCACAAUGUUUUCGUCUCAGAAAAGACGGGAGGAAGAAGAUGAGAGAAGUCAAAGUUCAAGCAUGUCAGCAAGUCCAGUUUGGUAUGCAGGAGGAGUAUUUGAGAUCGAAAGUUGUUGCAGCGGAUUGUAAAGAAAAGAUCGGAGAAUUACAAGAAGCUGGGAUGACCCCACCAAGUCUAGAUGGACGAAACAAACGGGGUGGAUGGGAUAGGCUCCACUACAUCAAAGAUAGAAGAAAUCUAUCUUUUAGCAUCUAACACGAACGAACUCCACAAUUGCUCUACUAUGGUUGGCACUGUAUUUUAUAACGUAUUGUAUAAAACACGACAAUGUACAGAGAACGCCGCCUAAUGGGGGAAUAGUGCGCCUUCUGGUCGUGAAAGUUAAGCAAAUAAACUAUAGUCUCGUUUAGGUGGGAGGAGGCCUCGGGGGAUGUCAACGUCGAUUCUAUGGAGAAUUCAUAUCUCGCACACCAACUUCCAUUUUAGAAACGGAGCUGAACCAACGAAAGAAGACAGCAUUCGAUUUCUAGUCUUCACAAUUCACAGCUCCGAGAUCUUUAGCUCAUAUGAAGGCAAUGGCAAGCAAAGCGCCUGCACAAAAGGGCAGCAAGGUAGAAGGCACCGGUGCUGCCCGAGCCCCGAGUGGUUCGACCAUGUCUCCGGGCAAGGAAAGGCGUCGAGACGAGGAAAAACGCGAUCGUCCGAUGGAGGGAAGCUCGAAACGGAGAAAGACAAACCUCCCCGAGCACCUGGAGCGCAGAGCAGUUGAGAGCCAGCUGCGGGGUGGGUUCUUCAUACAUCCUCCCCUCGGGAGGGCAGUUGUCGUCUGCCUAUACGGGGCCUUCACCGAUCGGCCCGAGCAUUUGACCUCCGCCAUUCAACGCCCGAAUGCUCCAAACCCCACUUUCCCCAAUCGUAAGCCAUCGACACAUGCGCUAUGCUCGCGCCUCGGCCUGCACGCAUGGAAGGAGUCCUGCCCAGAUGAGAACGCCUCCCAACUCGGCAAGGGUAGUUCACGGAAUCGCUCACAGGUCCGAGAUGCAAGCGAACUCUGCGAGAGCCGAAACAUGAGAAAAAGCCAAGAGCGCAUGGCUGCAUGCUUUGCGGGUCGCAGAUGGAAAGCGGCGCAGGGGUGGGGGAUGGCCGAGAGCCCGAGCCGACUCAACACAUGGACACAGGAGCGACUGGAGGUCCUGAUUUCGCUGCCGCAGCAGACUCGAGAGCUGUUGCUGAUAUUUUACCCGCAGCUGCUGCAGCUGCGCAAUGCCGCAUGGUUGCACUCCACGAGUGCUGCUGCUGGAGCAUUCGCGCAUGAGACAAGUGCGUAUGGAGGCCAGCCCAGAAAUUGGAGGGCGCUCCGCCCUCCGGGCCCCACACCAUCGCCCCUUCGGCGACCGCCUCCCUCCCGGCCAGGAUCUCGGGCAGCCGGGGGCCUCGUUUGGGCAGCGUCUGGCCACCCCGGCCACACGCGCCUCCAAAUCUCGCCACCCCCGCCAAAUCUAGAGGGCGCUAAAAUACCCGAGCUACGCGACAGCGGCGCGGGCCGAGGCAGGCUCCAAACUAAGCAUGGCCACCCAGAACAGCAACCGAAGGCCAAAAAAAGCAGCGCCUCUGGCCCGGUCCAGCUGGCCGGGCUGCUCGCCUCCGGGCCCCGAAGGUUCUGCGGGCGUUCUGUUUUUAACCCGUGCAGGGGGCGCCCGGGGGCGCCUGCCCUCUGAUGCGAAUGCGAAUUGCGAUUCUGGCUCGGCCCUGCGGAAGGACGACGCAGCCGCAGCCGCCCAGUGGCAGUGGCAGUGGCAGUAGCAGUAGCAGUAGCAGCAGUAGUAAUACUAGUAUCGCCAUCCCCUCGCCCUUCACCAUCGGCACCGUCAAGUGUCGGGGACUUUCUCAAGUUUGUGCUGCUGCUUGGCCAGAGGCGGUCUGGUCUGUCCAUCGGGUGGAGGAUCGCCAGCUAGAGCACCGUGUGGGCGAAUGUGCGGUUCGUUGUGACGAGUGAAUUCUGUACAGUCGACGAAGGGAGGAAGGCAGGCUUAUGCUGUGAAGGCGAGAGAGGCGGCGAGUGUUGAGCCAUUAAUUCUGUGGGAAUGGUCUGGAGA